UUUGGCCACACUGCUUAACACCGUGCACUCAACCGCCGGUCACUAUUAUGAUUAUUUAUUCCUACCCAGCCUGGGAAGAGAUGUUGAUUAGCACGAUAAUAACAGUAUCUUACAUUUUUUUAAUGUUUGCUAUGUGCCAAGCCGGGUUUUACAGAUGAGAAGGCUGAAGCUCAGAUCAGUCACCUGUCCAGGGUCACAGAGUAAGAAAGUCUGCCUGCCUCAGAAACCCAGAAACCGGCACUGUUCCUGACCCCCAAGUGGCCGCGGGGGGGCCCCCCAGGGCCCCUGCCGCCUCCCGCGGGACCAGCAGGGCGGCCUCCUCCCGCUUAUCUCAGCCCAGGCUGCGUGUGGUCCCGCCCCCUCGGGGGAGCUGCCACUUGGAGGCGCCUGGCCGGGAAGGGCCUGGUCAGCUGUGUCCGGCGGAGGCAGCUGCUGACCCAGCUGUGGAUUGUGCCAGGGGCGGAAGGGGGGCAGGGGGCAGGGGCCCUGGGCCCCCCAUCGCCAGGGACUGCAUCAUGGAUCACCUUCGGGCCCACCUCUGGCCCAGUGUCGCCUCUCUCUGUUUCUUGCUCGCUGGGGCCGCCUGGGCUUCCCCACCCAAAUCCCUGGACCCCAAGUUUGAAAGUAAAGCGGCCCUGCUGGCUGCCCGCGAGCCCGAAGAGCUUCUGUGCUUCACCGAACGGUUGGAGGACUUGGUGUGUUUCUGGGAGGAAGCGGCAAGCGCCGGGGUCGGCCCCGACAACUACAGUUUCUUCUACCAGCUCGAGGGUGAGCCAUGGAAGCCAUGCAGCCUGCACCAGGCGCCCACGGCUCGCGGCGCGGUGCGUUUUUGGUGCUCGCUGCCUACAGCCGACACGUCGAGCUUCGUGCCCUUAGAGCUGCGCGUCACAGCGGUAUCCUCGGGCGCUCCACGCUAUCGCCGUAUCAUCCACAUCAACGAAGUGGUGCUCCUGGAUCCCCCCACGGGGCUGCUGGCGCGGCGGGCCGACGAGGGCGGCCACGUGGUACUGCGUUGGCUCCCGCCUCCUGGGGCCCCGGUGGCCAGCCUCAUCCGCUACGAAGUGAACAUCUCCUCCGGCAACAUCGCAGCGGGCGCACAGAAGGUGGAGAUCCUGGAUGGUCGCACUGAGUGUGUGCUGAGCAACCUUCGGGGUGGAACGCGUUACACCUUCAUGGUACGCGCGCGGAUGGCCGAGCCGAGCUUCGGUGGCUUCUGGAGCGCUUGGUCCGAGCCUGCGUCGCUGCUGACAGUUAGUGACUUGGACCCCCUCAUCCUGACGCUCUCCCUCAUCCUCGUGCUCAUCCUGCUGCUGCUGGCCGUGCUCGCCCUGCUCUCCCACCGCAGAGCUUUGAAGCAGAAGAUCUGGCCUGGCAUUCCAAGCCCUGAGAGUGAGUUUGAGGGCCUCUUCACCACCCACAAGGGUAACUUCCAGCUGUGGUUGUACCAGAAUGAGGGCUGCCUUUGGUGGAGCCCCUGCACUCCCUUUGCAGAGGACCCACCCGCUCCCCUGGAAGUCCUCUCUGAACGCUGCUGGGGGGCAACACAGGCCGUGGAGCCAGGGGCAGAGGAUGAGGGACCCCUGCUGGAGCCAGUGGGCAGUGAACAUACCCAGGACACCUACCUGGUGCUGGACAAGUGGUUGCUGCCCCGGAACCCCCCCACUGAGGAUCUGCCACGGCCUGAUGGCGGUUUGGACAUGGUAGCCACGGAUAAAGGCUCAGAAGCAUCCUCCUACUCAUCUGCUUUGUCCCUGAAGCCUGGGCCAGAGGGGGCCUUGGGUACCAGCUUUGAGUAUACCAUCCUGGAUCCCAGCUCCCAGCUCUUGCGCCCAAGGGCACUGCCCCCUGAGCUGCCCCCCACCCCACCCCACAUAAAGUACCUGUACCUCAUGGUGUCCGACUCUGGCAUCUCAACUGACUACAGCUCAGGGGGCUCCCAGGGAGCCCAGGGGGACUCAUCGAAUGGCCCCUUCUCGAAUCCUUAUGAGAACAGCCUCUCCCCAGCCCUGGAGCCUUCACCUCCCAGCUACGUGGCCUGCUCCUAGGACUCCAGCCCCCAGCAUGACCUCAAGUGCUAGUCCAGGCCUAAGACUUAUUGAGCAGGGUUGGUGAGGCCGCCCUUGGGUUUCUGCCCAGUCCAUCCUUGCAGUAUUUUAAAAUUGUAUAGAGUUGUGUGUGUGUGUAUGCAUGUAUGUGUGUGUAUUAUUUUUUUUUCUUUCCUAUCAUGACUUCUACAAACAUCCUGUAAGCCCCAUCUUUCCCUGGGCCCAGGCGAUAGGGGCAGCAGUAAAAGGCCUCGAGCUCCAACUCAAAUUUUGGAUCUGGCAACCUGAAUAAUAAUUAUAAUAAAAUGAAUUAGUCAGUAUAUGUUAUACUAGCUGCCAUAACAAACAACUCCUACAUAUGAGUGACUUAACACAUCAAAUGCUUUCUCUCUCCUAUUUCAAUCCAAACCUGUAGAUGGGCAGCCAUAUCUGGGAUGAGUGAGAAGCCCAGACUCUUCUGGUCUCUGGCUUCACCAUCCCCCCAGGGCCACCCUGAGAUCUUUAGAUGGCUCCUCUGCGUCUUGCCAACCAACAAGCAGAACAAAGAGCAGAAGAUUUGGUGGGCCAUUUUAGGGAGUUAGCCUAAGAAGUAGUGAUCAUCUCUUCUUCACAAAUUCCAUUGGCCAGAAACAGUCACAGGAUCCCACAGCCAGCUGGGGAAAAAUACAGUUUAGCUGUACUCCCAAGGAGAGGAAAGUUGUUGAAUGAGCCUCUAGCUAGUCUCUGCCACUAAUAAUAAUGACACUAUUUUGUAGGGUUUUAUUUUGAAUUAGGCCAUGUUCUAAGAAAGUACUCUGAUGGGACCCAUGUUAUCAGGUGGCUCACUGGGAGUUCUGUUCAACCACUUUUUAGAAGUUUGACAUAACCAAGGAAAGAUGAACAUAUGCAGACCUACUCUACCAAUUCCACUUCUAGUAUAUACCUUAAAAGCCCUCAUGGACAUGAGCCAGUAUAUGUGUGCAAGAAUGUUCAUAAGCGGGGCGCCUGGGUGGCUCAGUGGGUUAAGCCUCUGCCUUUGGCUUGGGUCAUGGUCUCAGGGUCCUGGGAUUGAGCCCCGCAUCGGGCUCUCUGCUCGACGGGGAGCCUGCUUCCCCCUCUCUCUCUGCCUGCUGCUCUGCCUACUUGUGAUCUCUGUCAAAUAAAUAAAAUCUUUAAAAAAAAAAAAAAGAAUGUUCAUAAGCAGUAAAUAAGUCAAUCUGAUGAAACAAAAUGGGGUACAUUCACCCAAGACAUUAUAUGCAGUACAGAAAAAGGACUGAACUAAAAAAUAUGGCCUAAUUUUUUUUUUUAAGAUUUUAUUUAGUUAUUUGAGAGAAAGAGCAUGAUCCAGAGCGUGGGUUGGGGGUGGGCAGAGGGAGACAGACAAGCAGACUUCCCACUCAGCACAGGAGCCUGACCCGGGCCUUGAUCCCAGGACCUGGAGAUCAUGAUAUGAGUUGAAGUCAAGACUUCACUAGCC